UCAUCAGCUCACAGUUCCCUCUGCACUCGAUCGAUCAGUGACGGUGAGCACACGUGCUGCAAGCCUGCAACUGCAACUGCAAGUCUGCAAGACAAGAGAGAUGGGCGGCGGCGGGAAGAAGCUGCAGCAGCUGAUGGCGCGGCUGCACCUGGCGAGGCAGCAGGGAGGGGUGGUGCCGCGGGGCCACUUCGUGGUGUACGUGGGGGAGGCGCGGGCGCGGUUCGUGGUGCCGACGGCGUACCUGAAGCAGCCGGCGUUCGUGGCGCUGCUGGAGAGCGCGGAGGAGGACUACUUCGGCCUCGACCACCACUGCCACCCCGGCGGACUCACCAUCCCCUCCUGCUCCGAGCGGGACUUCGCAACGCUCGUACGGAGCUUCGGCUAAUUAAGAAAGUGAUCAAUGCUCGCCGCCGCCGCCGCCGCCGUGGUGGCAGCCGGGCCGGCUGGCACCGAUUGGCUCGUCGCCGGGCCGUUCCGUAGUAGCUGAGUGUGUGCAGUAAUGCAGGUGACCGAUGUAGCUGCAUGCCGAUGCGUACUGUACUGUUCGUGGCCAUCUUGCAAUUUGCAUUGAUCAUGUGUGUGUUGUUG